AAUGACAAAAAUAUCCCUAAAAUCAUGCAUGUCAAGCUGUUGAAGAAACUGCCUGAAACAUUGUUUAUAAUGCCUUAGUUGUAUAUCUUUGCACAGUUAUGAAAAAGAUAAAAUCGUUGAGUUAGUAUUAUGAAUGUUCGCAACAAAGGAGAAAGAUGGCUCCGACAAUAGACCAAUUAAAAACGCAAGAAAAUAUAGUAGCAGCAACGCAAUUUGUUCUCGAUGUCUGACAACCCAGCUUCAUUAAUUUGUAAGACAAAUUAUUAUUAUCGUUGAAUACGCGACAAUUAGUCUAAAUCUCUUAGUCUGAUAGGUGGCAAAAUAUGAUUAUGGACCCAAACGUCGUUUGAAAACCCGUUGGGCCACUUUCUUUCUAAAGCAGGUUUUGUGUAAACUCAGUGAUACUCGUACAGAUGAAUCUAACGGAAGGGAAUAAACGUCUAAUAGACGUCCUAAAGAAACCAAAGGUCGCUGUAACCAGCGUAUUUUUAGUACUUUUGAUUUUGUGUACUCUGGUUGGGAAUUUUCUUGUUAUUUGGACUAUUUUCACGACUCGACGUUUGAGGUUUUCAGCGUUCUUCUUCGUGGCGAGUUUGGCUGUGGCAGAUUUUCUAGUUGGACUUCGCUUAUCACCUUACUUUUGAAAUGACAGGAAGAUGGAUUUUCGGUUCAUUUACUUGCAAAGCAUGGCUUCUGUCCAACUUCUGGUUCUGUUCUGCAUCAGUUUUCAACCUCUGUCUGGUCAGCUGGGAUCGUUACGUAGCAGUGACGUCAUCACUUCAUUACAACGUGCGCAUGAGGGAAACCAAAGUCCAAAAGAUGAUAAUUCUCAUUUGGACUAUAAGUUUCUCUGUUGCCGUCGUAUUUAUCACUCAAUUCCAUAUCAAUGCUUCGAGUCAAGCUUUUAACUGUACUGUCCAAGGCAACAGGGGUAAUGGCUUCACAGUCAUCCUAGUUACGGCGGCUAUCUUUAUUCUAUCGGUUUUGUUUCUAUCAUUUGUGAAUGGUAAAGUGUGGUUUGCAGCUCGACGCCAGAACAGAAAAAUACAAAUUGAGAUCCUAGAAGCUAUUAGACUUGGGCUAAAUGCGUCCUUAAACACGAUGGGGAAUGUCGAGAAUAACACUGACAACACGGAUCUUUCAACCCCAGGACGAGGUGGCCAUGGACGGACGCUAACAAGAACGAUCAAACAAGAGAUCAAGACAUUCAAAGCCUUUCUUGUCGUUAUCGGGGUGUUUGUGGUCUGUUGGUGUCCGUUCUACGUAUGUAUUGUCGUGGACAGCUUCCAGUAUUUGAACGCUUCCAUUUUCUAUUUAUCUGUCGUAGUUAGUUAUUGUAAUAGUGCGGUCAAUAUUUUUAUAUAUGGGAUCUUUAGUCGGGAAUUCAGAAAAGCCUUGGUAUCUAAAUUCAUCAAUUGUAGAUGCAUAUGUUCAGGGACGUAACCAGAACUUUUACAGGGAGGGUGCACAUGGAAUAAAAUCGGACCAUUGAUCGUUUUUUUUUUUAUUACCAACUCAGUGGCGUAACUAGGGAUCUUGCAGGGAGGUGCAGAGGCAAUAAUUUCCAGAACCAAAAAAAAAAAAAGGUAACU